CGCGUUCAACCAAUCAGACUGUUCGAGUCAAACCCCAACGCUUUUGCAAAAUACGUCUGUCUUCGCGUUGUAGCAAACAGACAAAAUAAACGGCGUUCUCUGUAACGUUUAAGGCACCAUUCUUCAAUUUUGUCACAACACAAAGACCAAAUGGGACUGCUGACAGCACUCGCAGUUGCAGCAGGUGCAGCUGGUGCGGCAGGCGGGGUUUUGAUUUUUGCCCCCGUUGCUAUUGCAACGAUUGGUUACUCUGCUGCGGUGGGGGUGACCGCGGUGGUCAAUGCUGGGGUGUUAACAGGCACAGCGGCAGUAGCAGGCUCAGCUGGUGCGAGUGCUGCUGCUACGGCACCUGUUGCAGGCUUGGUGAUGGCUCUCUUCUGAGUCCUUGACCACUGAAGAGCCACUCUGAAACAUGUCUCCCAUUUCAUUUGUCACUCUGCUCUCUAUCCUCGGUGCCAUUGCUCAUUUUAAUUAAAAACAGAUGGAUUUACAUUGAAAUAAUGUGAAUGGAAAUGUUACUGUUACAGUGUAAGCUUGAGUGAUGUCGCUUGUGUGUGUUUGUAUGUGCAUGUUUACAGAGUGCAGCACAUUAAUACAAGGCUGUAAGUACAUAUUCACAUGUUUUUAGGUUGAACUGAAAAUGGUCAUGAUCAAGAAUCUAAUAGUUUUUUGUUUAACUUGUGUAUGAAUAAAAAAAAACAACACUA